UUCUCCGAAAAUGACAACAUUGCAGCUGUCUGUGCAAUAUGAAAUUUCUUCGGCAUCGUUAGAAUCAGCAGUACCGAUGAGUCCUGGCCACAUCGCUGUGAACUUGGAGAUAUCUCAACGCGAGAGAGAAAACAGUUGCCUCUUGACUUGCGUGUUCAUUAUAAGUGUCCUCGGACGUUUCUUCGUCUAUCCUCCGAAUCAUUAUUAGAAACAACGUCGGGGGUCCAGGCCUGUCCAGGUGCCAGAUUUGAAGAUCGGUUGCCGUUCAGACACAUGGAAGCAGCAUGUUCCGUGCAUGUCACUAGCAUCUGUGAUUUCUGUGGUACUGGUGUCUUCAUUUCAAGCUUUAACCGGUCUUGACAGUCAGCGUCUGCCACCGGAUCCGAAUUUGAGGCUUGAAAUAUGGAACCCGAUGCAUGAAUUCAGCAAGUUGCAUACAUCCAUGUGUUUAGGAUGUUCCAUUCACGACGCACGUAUUGGGGCUCUCAGCUUCUUGGAGUCGGUAAAUUGAGAU